AUUAUUAACAACUUCAAACAGGAAAAGGAUGUCCAAACACUAUCUACUACAAGGAUUCUAAUUAUUCAUUAAAAAAUAGCAUAUGGAGGACCUAGGUGUGACACAUUCAUGGAUAAAUGAGAAAAGGGCAAAAUGGGUGGAAAAUAACUCCAAAUGUGUAUAACUUUUGAUCCGUAGACCCACUUUAUAUGGACAGAAAGCUUCUAUGGGUUGGACCCAAUAAAUUUCCCACCUUUGGGACUUGUUGAUUACUUAUUGUUCUUUAUUUAUGUUCUACAUCAAUAGGUUUUUGCACUUGAGGGUUUAUAGAUGGACGUUGAAGGAAAAGAUGAUAAGUGUUUCAAUAUCCAUUCCUAGACAAGAGAGGGAAGCUGUGGAAGAGAAAGAGAUUAGAAAUGAUAACCAUCAAUUGGGAGUUAAUGAUGAAGUAAAAAAUAAGCACUUAUUGAGGUCAGGACAAUUGGGGAUGUGCAAUGCUUCUUAUUGUACAUCAUGCCCGAUAUCUUGCUAUUAUGAAAGACCACUUACAUUCAGAGUUUCACAGCGGUUUGAUCACUAUAAUGAUGAUGUUCAACGUCGAGGUGUAAAGGCAUGGAAACAAGAAAAGUUAUCGUUACUAAAACAUUUUAUGUUUGGGGUCAUCAAUCCACAUGCCAAAGUUGUUAGAGGGUGGACUCAAUUAGUUAUCACUUCUUGCUCAUUCGCCACUGUCAUAGACCCCUUAUUCUGUUACUUGUUGUCAGUGAAUAAGGGCUUUAAGUGCAUAGGGAUUGAUUCACGAAUGACAACACCCAUUGUGGUUUUUAGAAGCAUGAUGGACCUUAUAUUCCUCAUGCACAUGCUUGUUCAGUUCAGGUUAGCAUUCUUUUCACCUGAAUCAAGAGUUCUAGGUGCUCCAGAAUUGGUUGAUCAUCCUAGAAAAACGGUGUUACAUUAUCUUUCUGGGUAUUUUUUCCUUGACCUAUUUAUUGUACUACCAAUUCCUCAGAUAAUCGUAUUAUUUAUCCUACCAAAUGCCAUUGCAUCAUUGGGAAUAAAUUAUGAAAAGGAUCUUUUGCGAGCAGCUGUUCUUGUUCAAUACAUUCCAAGGUUAUUCCGAAUUUCCAAGCUUAUUGAUGGCAUGGGUGCAAGUGGUUACAUUCCUUGGUCAGGAUACUCGCUGGUUAUAUCCAAUCUUCAGAUUUUCGUCUCGGCUGGUCAUUUUGUAGGGUCAUGUUGGUAUUUGUUAGGUUUACAGAGGGUGAAUCAAUGCCUUCAAGACGCUUGCCAUAAUUCUACAAUCAUGCAUUGUAUGAAGUUUAUAGAUUGUGGGAAAGGGAAGGAGUCUUGGGCCUUUGAUGGUGAUCAAAUAUGGAAUAAAUGGAAACAAGAUAAAAAUUCGAGUGCAUGUUUUACCGAAGAUGGUUUCCCGUAUGGAAUUUAUGUGAAGGCUGUGAAUCUUAUUGUAGACAAUAGUAUGAUCACAAGAUGUGCGUACUCUAUGUUUUGGGGGUUACAGCAAAUCAGUACAUUGGCUGGCAAUCAAACUCCAAGUUAUUUUUUCUGGGAAAUCCUUUUUACCAUGUUUAUCAUUGGUGUUGGACUUCUACUAUUUUCCUUUCUGAUCGGAAGCAUGCAGAACUUUCUUCAAGGUCUCGGUCGUAGAGAAAUGGAAACAUUAGUUAGACGACGUGAUGUUGAAGAGUGGAUGAGACACGAGAACUUACCAGAAAACCUACGAAGAAAAGUUCGAGAGUCGGAGUAUUUUAAUGGGGCUGCUACCCAAGGGAUUGAUGGAGAAAUGCUAAUGCAGAAUUUACCUGAAGACUUGCAAAGAGAUGUUCGCCAUCACCUCUUUAAGUUUUUCAAGAAAGUCCGGAUUUUUGCGUAUAUGGAUGAACCACUUUUAGAUGCAAUAUAUGCACGGUUAAGGAAAAAGACAUAUAUUAAAGGAGGCAAAGUUUUAUAUAUAGGUGGGGUUGUGACGAAAAUGGUUUUUAUUGCAAGAGGGAAGCUGGAGAUCAUAGUAGAAAAUGGGAAUAAAGUUCUGUUGUCAGAAGGCGAUGUAUGCGGUGAAGAACUUCUCAUAUCGUACUUUGAACAUUUCUUAGUUAAUAGAGGAAAAAGAUUGAUUAGCAACAGAACGGUGAAAUGCUUAUCGAAUGUGGAGGCAUAUGUUAUUUGGGUUGCAGAACUUGAAGAAGUAACCAACCUUUUUUCUGAAUACUUCAGGAAUCCUCGUUUUCAGUAUGCCAUAAGGAACAAAUCCCUAUACUGGCGAACCAUGGCGGCAACCACUAUCCAGGUGGCAUGGAGACACUAUAAGAAGCGCCAAAACCGUGCAAAAACCUCACGUGGAAUGGCUGGAAUUUGGUGA